GCGAGAGAGAGAGAGAGACGAGGGAGGGAAGAGAGAGCGUGUGCUGUGUGCGCGCGUGUCUCCGUGUGUGCGCGUGGAUUGCACCACCACAUCCCGUUCACCGUUUCUGCAGGCGGCCAUGCUCUGAUGGACAGAAUAAAACUGACGAGCUUCUCUGUCCCUACAGAUGUGUUCACCGCCGUGUCAUUCCAGAUGUGACUGACAGGUCGUUGUAUGUCGCCCGCAUUGAGUACUGCGCCGUUCACCUCGGAGAGACUGUGACACCAUGGCUUUGGUUAUGGAACCUAUAAGUAAAUGGACACCAAAGCAAGUUCUGGACUGGAUGAAAGGUCUGGAUGACUGUCUCCAGCAGUACGUGAAGAGUUUCGAGCGGGAGCAGAUGGGGGGCGAGCAGCUGCUGCACAUCACCCACCAGGAGCUGGAGGAGCUGGGCGUCACCAGAAUAGGACAUCAGGAGCUCAUCCUGGAAGCUGUCGACCUCCUCUGUGCCCUGAACUACGGCCUGGAGACAGAGAACCUCCGGACGUUGUCCCACAAGCUGAACGCUUCGGCGAAGAACCUUCAGAACUUCAUCCUGGGCCGGCGGAGGGGCGGACACUAUGAUGGACGAGCUUCCCGAAGGUUACCCAAUGAUUUCCUAACCUCAGUGGUGGAUCUGAUUGGAGCAGCCAAGAACCUUCUAGCCUGGCUUGACAGGUCUCCAUUCGCCAGUGUGACCGAGUAUUCAUUACUGAAGAACAACAUCGUGCAGCUCUGCCUAGAACUAACUACAAUUGUACAACAGGAUUGCACAGUGUACGAGACAGAGAACAAGAUUCUCCACGUGUGUAAGACCUUAGCAGGGAUAUGUGACCACAUCAUCUCUCUGUCAUCUGACUCUCUGGUCUCUCAGUCUGCCCAUCUGGAGGUGGUCCACCUCACCAGCAUCAUGCCCAGUGAAGGCCUGGGGAUGUAUAUCAAAUCGACCUAUGACGGACUCCACGUCAUCACCGGAACAACAGAGAAUUCUCCAGCCGACCUGUGUAAGAAGAUCCACGCAGGGGACGAGGUGAUCCAAGUCAACCACCAGACAGUGGUGGGCUGGCAGCUGAAGAACCUUGUGAACGCGCUGAGAGAGGACCCGUGCGGGGUCAUCCUCACGCUGAAGAAACGGCCCCAGAACACCCUAAGCUCCACACCGGCUUUGCUCAGGAACGUCCGCUGGAAACCACUGGGCCUGCAGCCGAUGCCCACCAGCCCCACCAGCACCUCACCAACACCCGUUGGAACUUUAGGCAUGUCUAAAAUGGACGCCCCCAGCAUGCAGGACGUCUACAUCCUUUCUCCUGUCUCUGGACUCUACAGCACCAGGGAGGAGAUGGGUCUGAUGUCAUGUGACGACAUCAGCCGCUACAGCCUGAGCUCCCAGUCCGGCUCCAAAGGUUCAGAAGCGGUCAGCUACUACCUGGACCAGGACAGCGGUCAGUACUUCUCCUUGCUAGAGGGAGAUGGACCCCCAGGGUCCGACUACGACAGGGUCAGAAAUACAGGGGUUCGCCGGCGGGACAAGACCCCCACCCAUGGUGACCUCAGACCAGUGUCCAUGCCUCCCGAAUAUAACUGGAUGGCCGAGGCCAAGGAACCCAGCAUGGGCAAGAGAGGGAGCCGAGACUCAGACAACUCCCUGCUGCGUUACCUUAGCGAUGACAAGAUCCUGGUGAUCGAGGAGGAGCCCGAGGGUCAGAGUAGGGAGAGCCGGCGGGAUUCCACCAGACGCUCCCGGCGCAAGAGCCGCAAUCCCAGCAGCCCCAGCUUUCCCAUCAGUCCCUCCAUGCUGUCCUCCACCCUGCGCCUUGACCAGCCUCCUGAACUGUUGCCCCGAGGUGCGGACACACUGCGAGCAGACACAACAGACCGGUACUCGGGCUCAGGGAGCUCAGGAGCGGCCUCCAUGAGGAAGGUACGGGAGCAGCAGCCAGUGUCUUUCCAUUACACCUCGCUAAGAACGAAAACCAAAAAGAGAAGUAAAGGUUCCCUCACUAGUGCCAGUCGAAGGAGAAUCUCGUGUAAGGACCUGGGCCACGGCGACUGUGAGGGCUGGCUGUGGAAGAAGAAGGAUGCCAAAGGCUACUUCACUCAGAAGUGGAGGAAGUACUGGUUUAUCCUCAAAGAGUCCUGCCUUUACUGGUACACCAACCAAAAUGAUGAGAAGGCUGAGGGCUUCAUCAGCCUCCCUGAGUUCAGAAUAGACCGAGCCAUAGAGUGCAGACGGAAAUUCGCCUUCAAAGCCUGUCAUCCCAAAAUCAAGAGCUUCUUCUUUGCCACAGAUUGUCUUGAGGAAAUGAACAGGUGGAUGAACCGACUGGGGUUGGCCGCUAUUGGCUACACACCAGAUGACAAGGUGCCACGUCCCGAUGAAGACUACUGGAGUGAGAGUGAUCAAGACGAGGUCGAUGGCUCUAUGACACUCAAACAGGAGGGACCAUCAACCCACUGUGAUACUUAUCACCGCACACCAUCAGUCAACUCCUCUAGCCCCUUCCCAGAACCCAAGCAUGGCCGGCACUUCUCCAGCGAGUCCACCCACUCCCACUCCUCAGCUGAGGACCAGCGUGGAGACGGGAUGGGCAUGGGCACGGGCACAGGGAGCACCAGUACCCACUCGUCCGGCUGCCGCUCCACCCAUCGUGAGCGUCGCUCCUGGCAGGACCUCAUCGAGACCCCUCUGACCAGUGCGGGCCUGCACUUCCUCCAGACGGCGCCCGGGGAGAGUGACUACGGGGGCCUAAUGGGGAGCAUGGCAGGAGACAUGGGGCUCUACGGGGGCCUGGGCCGACAGGGCAUGUCCCCGGAGAGACGCAGGCAGGCCACGCUGCCCGUACGGAGACACCACGCUGCCGAGAGGGACAGGGAACGGGAUGGGCCUUUCCCUCUGGACCGGGGGCCACACACACACAGCCACACGCACCGGCGCUCUCACAAGCAGCGGAGUCAGAGUCUGCCCAGGAACAGGGACCCGAUGCCAGGAAAGCUGCUGCACACCUCAGUUCAUAUGGAGGAGAGGAGUGAGGAUGAAGAAGCAGAGGGGCAGGCUGCAGUCGUUCUCGAGGGUGAAGAGGACCUGCGGGAGUUGAGAGUUGAGAGCAGAGAGAGGAGGGUGUCAGAAGGAAGGGAGCGGCGGGUGUCAGAGGGCCGCGAGCCAGAGUCUUUAGAUGGUCUAGAGCAGCUCUACCGGGCCCUGGAGCAAGCUAACGUGACGGCCCUAGGAGACCCCAGACCUUGUAGCAGGCAAGAGCUUCGACGCUGUUUCACCCAGCGAGCCAGGGACCCACUGCUCAACGACAGGCUACACCGGGUGCGAGCCCUCCGCAGCACCUUGAAGGCCAAAGAGUCGGAGCUGGCGGUGAUCUGUGCUCUCCUGGAGGACCCUGGCCUGUGCUCCCAGACCUUCAGAGAGUGGAAGCAGUGGCACAGCGACCUCUACUCCGACAUCUGCCAGCUCAGCCCCGGCACCAACGGCCAGGACGAGCUCUCCCCGCUGGCCGCACCGCUUAUGACCCACACACACUCCUUCAUUGAGACACACGUGUGAGAAAGAGAAGAGAAGCAAAGACUGAACUGAUACGCACACAAACACACACAUACAAACACACACAAACACACACACCACAGAGCUUUACUUCACCCAAACCCUCUCCCCUGAUCACAACUUUGAACACGCACUCACACACAAACACACACAGGAACACACAUUGUAAGAUGUGUAAAUAUCGUAGAGAGAACAGUCUGAGACCUGCGUGUAUGAACUUUUGAUAAUCUUGAGGACCCCACAGGGUGCCUAUUGCAUGCCUGAACAGAAAGCAUUAAUCUUCCUUUGUCUAUGGAACUCAGCAUAAACUCCACACGCUUGUCGAGCAAAAUGGGAAAAAAAAGGAGACUUUUUAAACACGUCCGUUCCUUUGUAUUGGUUACGCUAUUUUCUUCCGGUUGAUUUUAGGGGGCAGGGGGAGCUAUGUAGCAGCAAUACAGAGGAGAAUCCUUUUCACCACAGCACUGUACUUUUGUACUGAUGAACUUUGCACCCAGAGCCAACAGUUCUCCCCCUUUCUCUCUCUAACGUUUUGUUUUAUUACAUUUUUUCUCUUGCUGCAUAUCUCACUCAUUUACUGGGACCUUACUGUUACUCCAGGCUGAUGUGAUGGAACAGGGCUGGGUGGAAGUAAGGGCAGUGACCUAGUGACUUUGGUAUAAGACUGUGAAAGGUAGCCAUCGAUGCUGGUAUGUCUGUUUUAGCCGAUGUUAACGAGUGUCACGAGCGUUGAGAAGCUACACUGUCCCGGCUUGAUGCACACUAUUUCAAACUGUGAACUGUUACAAAAAGACACACAAUUUUAUCUGCAGAAGGAGGCUCCUCUGAUAGAGUGCAAUUCUACGAUUGAGUUGGCAUUCUGUCUCCCUCUCUCUCUGUGUUUCUCUCCGUCGCCUCCUUCUCUUUUCUUAAUUUCCGUCCCCUCUUUUGUUUCUUCUCUCUCUCUAUCUCCAGUCCUCAAAGACUUGUGUAUAUGUGUAUACUGCUGUGUAUACUAAUGUAAAUGUUUGCGUUCCACUACCACUGUGAUAUGCUUCUAGAGGUAGCGGAGGGAAGACGGGAGAGUAUGUAUUUGCGUGGGUGCAAAACUAUUUGUUUCUUUUUCAUUUUUCUCUUUCUUUUUAUUUUUGUAAACAGCGAAUGCAAGAGCUAGAGAGUUCUUUUCAAAGGAGUCACUCACUACAAAGAAUGCACUUUCUACAUCUCUAUAUCUCAUUGGCUGCAUCACAGGGUCUAUGUCUCAUCGGCCUCUUUACCAUUGCUGUUCAAAAUAUCAGGUAAAAAGCAUUUGCCGUCUCAUUUUCUAAAGAUUUGUGUACAGUCUACAAAUAUAUUUAAACAUAGAAGAAUAUAUAAAUCUAUUUACGUUUUGUGUCAUAGAUAUAAUGUAAAGUAUGAUGUAUUCUAUGCCAAGGUUUUGCAGUGUCCCCCUCUUCACUCUGUAGGUGCAGGGUGUUUAGCAGUUGAACAGCUAGGAGGCAAACAACAAAAAAACAACAACAACAAAAACAACAACCACAGUCACUGAAAGUUGACUGACAGUUUGUACUGGGUUACAUCAUCCUCUCCUGGUGAUGUGUUGCAUGAGAAAAGGCCUGGGACUGAUUUGAUUGGACAGGGUAAUCUAUUGUGGGUCAUUAGUUUUUUUUUUCCAAUCUUCCUUUCACGAUUGCAAGAUAAUUAGACUUGUAGCGCAUGAUACAUGCAAAGGUACUGUUGAAGAAUGAAUUUAAAUAUAUGUUCGUAGGUUUGAAGUAUUUUUUUUCAUUAGAUGGUGUUUGAAGACACACAAACUGUACAAUAACUGAGGGAGGCACUGCUGCUGCUCAGUUGUUCGAUCUAAUGCAGAACCCUACACAGCAUCUAACCUUCAGUUAACUGUUUUGGUUUACAUCAUAGACUGUAUAUAAAGUCUAUGGCUUACAUAGAGAGACAACCACAAAGGUUUCAGGAAUCUUACUGAGAGUAGACAGUGCAGUUGCUUCUAAAAACAGAAGCUUUUUUUGACAUUCCCUCCUAGCAUAUGGUUGACACUGGGCGGUCAAAGACAUCUACAUUAAUUGGUCUGUAAUGUCUGUGAAACGUGGAUGAAUCAUUUCAACUGCAAAAUCAGGCCAAGGACUCAACGGUGCCCCCCAGUGUCGAAGACUCUGAGAGACAUGCGUAGCACCUGCUGCAUCCAGCACUAUCUGUACUUAUUCGUCAUCUUUUACUGUCGGUCUUCGACUGUAGGUUCUGUUUUUUUCAUCCCGUCUCACUGUUGUGAAAUAUAACACUCCCUCAAAGUUAUAGCUCGUGCUUUUGUUCAACCGUUAAUUUGAGAGUACCACAAAGGAAACUAAACGAUGCAAGCACUUUCCCUGUGCCUCCCAACCCUCUCUUGGGCAAUGAUGGACUGACAAUCCUGGCGAUCCUAUACACACACAGCUGUAGAGGAGCCAGGAUAGAGUUUUAGUCUGCAGACCUCCCUCCGAUUCUCAUUUCUUCUUUUUUGCCAACCGCUGCUCCGCUGAGCAGGCGACAUACUGUAGAUUAUGGCGCUAUUUGAGUUAUGAUUUGUAGGCACAGACUGUGUAAUCCCUCCCAGACCUUUGUGUGUGUAGACCUGCAGAAACAGGCCGAAACGGGAGAUUCCACUGUGUGUUCUUUCAGGGGUGUACACCUCAUGGUACAUUGCACAGGUGUGUAAGAUGUAAGUUGCACUGCGACAUUAAAAAAGGAACAUAUUGCUCUUUUUCAAGGAUAAUAUUAGCUUACUGUUAUUCUGUACAUUAAAACUGACUAAAGAUGAUAUUAAAAAAAGAAAGAAAAUGACAUUUAUUCUUCCUAAAGUAGCCUUUUUUUGGUUUCAUAUAUAUGAAUAUAUAUUACAAAAAAUACAGAUUGUAAACUUAAGUUGUUAAACUUUGACUUCAAUAAACUGAA